AUGACAACGAUCGCCGACCCGUCAUCUCCAGUCAAAGAGCCCAAACAAAGCCCAGGCGCAUCAUGGAAAAAGGAUGAGGAGCAUAUAGUCCCAAAAAAUCGCUUGGGAAUCGUGUUCUUCGGUUUGAUGUGCAGCACAUUCUUGGCAGCUUUAGAUCAAACUAUUGUAGCCACCGCCUUGCCCACAAUCGUAGCGGACCUUGGAGGGGGGAAUAACUACAGUUGGGUAGGAAGUGCGUACAUGUUGGCAUCCGCUUCUUUGGGCCCGUUAUACGGAAAAUUAUCCAAUAUUUUAGGCCAGUGCUAUUUCAGCCGCAAACCCGUACUAUAUGGAUCCAUCGUCAUAUUUUUAAUUGGUUCAGCGUUAUGCGGCGCAGCCAAGACUAUGACAUGGUUGAUUGUCUGUCGUGCUGUACAAGGAAUUGGCGGCGGGGGCAUCAUGCAACUCGUACAGAUCACUAUAUCUGACAUUGUGUCAUUGCAAGACCGAGGCAAAUAUGGCGGUUUCAUCGGUGCCACCUGGGGCAUAGCAAGCGUUAUUGGUCCAUUGAUCGGCGGUGUUUUUACCGAUCAUAUAAGUUGGAGGUGGUGCUUCUGGAUCAAUUUACCAACUGGCGGCUUAUCUGGGAUACUUUUAUUCUUCUUCUUAAAUUUAAACCCCCAUCAAGGAAGACCAUUCCGUGACCAUCUUCGAGAAUUUGAUUUCGUUGGGCUUUUCGUGAUUGUUAUAGGUGUCAUUUGCCUGCUUAUAGGUUUCAACUCAAGCGAAACGACAUGGCAAAGCGGCGAAACCAUUGCUCUCCUUGCUGUGGGAGGCACGUUGCUAAUCCUUGGUGGCGUUAAUGAGAUAUACACGAAGCGAUCCCCCAUCAUCCCACCUCGUCUUUUUAAAACACGCACAACUGGCUUGAUAUUAGUUUCUGUAGUCUUGCAUGCUGUGGUAUUCUUCACAGGUAUGUGCGCAUACCUCUACCUUCCAAUGUACUACCAAGUUCUUGGCGCAUCGGCAACGAGCUCUGGCAUUAAAAUGUUACCUUAUUCAUUGACCACUUCGCUCAUGUCAGCGGUUUCCGGAAUAGUUGUAACCAGAACGGGAUCCUACCGUCCUGUCAUGUGGUUCGGAUGGAGUGUCAUGACGCUUGGUUGGGGUCUCAUGAUCAUGUUGGACAAUACGAGCACUAUCGCAGAGCAGGAAAUCUACCCCUUGAUUGCAGCGCUUGGUAUUGGUGGCUUGUUCCAGACCCCGCUUGUUGCUGUACAAGCAGCAAUGCCUAUCAAAGAUAUGGCCACCAGCACAGGUGCUUUUGUGUUCCUCCGAACUCUUGGGGGUACGAUCGGUAUUACGAUCGGAGAAACUAUUCUUUCCAGUGUCCUUCAGCAGAAACUGCGGGGCAUCCAAGGCCUCACCAUGGACACUUCUGCAGCGGCUUUGAAUGAUAGUGUCAGGCAGAUCUCUUCCAUUUCUAAUCCAGCAGUGCGUAAUGAGGUCAUGCAUGCUUACUCGCGGUCUAUCAGUACUAUUUGGUUGGUCAACACGCCACUAUCUGCAUUCGGUCUCUUUCUGGUUCUCUUUAUUCGUGGCUAUACGCUAGAGCGCACAAUCAUCCGUGGCGGCGAGAAGAAGUCAGGAGACGUCGAGAAGGGUGUUACUCAAGUGACGAUAGAAGAAGACUCACCAGUCACGGAGUCAGGAUAUAUUGAGAAGGAAAAGAGACAAGACUCCUGUGACGACACUACUGAACCCACAUGA